AUGGAAGAUUUCGGUUCGUUCGUUCGCAAAGAUGGAGAAACUUCACCAGCCAGGGGAAAAGAAUGUGAUUAGGCCAACUUUAUUGAGCAAAACAGCUUCUUUCAUAAGGGCUAUGCAUAGGAAACAGAUGAUAAUUUCAAUCAAAACUAGAGAUUGAUUAACUAUGCUUAAGAGAUCGAAAGUCCUUACAAUAGAAAAAAGGAUGCCUUGAUGGAUAGUGAUGAUGAUGAAUUAGCGACUAAGGGGUACUAAAGUAAGUUCAGUGGGAAAAAUGUGAGCUAAUUUAGUAGCUUAAGCCCAGAACCGGUUCGUCCGGUCAUCAACUUAAUGCCUACUGAUUUAAAUCAAGGCGGGAAUAUACCAAAUUAAAGAGUUUAAAACUUCUUUGCGGAAAACAUGGCUUAACUAAGACCUACUGAUCAUCAGCUCUAUUAAAUUCCCAUGCAUCUUCAGCAGAGACACUAUAGCGAGCAGAUAUUCCCCAAUAAGUACAUAAAUUCUAACAUCGAAAAUGAUUUAGAUCAUAGCUCAAACGAGAGAGAAAUGACUCACAGUGAAAAAACUCGAGGAAAAGUUGAAUUUUAAGAUAUUAAAUAGAUUCCUGAAAAAGAUGAAUCAAAGGAGUCAAAAGAUUCAACCAAAUAAAUCAAAAAUGGGACAUUAGAAAACGAGAUAUCGGUACAAAAUGAUGGCAAUUUUAACCAAGGAAUAUGGAGCGACGAAGAACAUAUGAAGUUCUUAAAAGGUUUGAUUCUAUUCGGCAAAAACUGGAAUCAAAUUUAAAAGUACAUAAGGUUACUCAUUGGCUAAGGUCCUACAAUGGAACCAGAUGAUGUAGGAGAAUCAGACUAUUCUUAGGAUGAAAAAAAACGUAAUGUUAGGAAGAGAUCGAGAGUGUGUAGUUUGAAAAAUGAGAGGUAUAAAGAGAAGCUUAUUAAUAGUGAGAAUGAGGUUUACAGGUUGGAAUGGGAGGUUGUUAAUCAUUUGAAUAACUCAGUUAGCCAGAAACAGCCUAUCACUGUCUCUACCUCUACUAAAUCAUAGAAUGAAAAGUCAGCUAGUCAGCAAAGUCCAACCAGGCAAAGCCAAGCCAGCUUUUUCAAAAAUAAUGUUGCACCAUAGCUUUAGUCUCUGAAUGAUAAAAGUACUAAAUAAGAAGAAUAAGAAGAUUCCCCAGCUAAAAGGAAACGAUCAUUUAAAUCUCCAGAAAUUAAUUAAAAACCUAGUAGAAAGCAAAGUAUAAUCUAAAAAUAAAGCGCUACUAGUUUACCCUAGAUUGCUAUUCCUAGUAAAUCAAAUGGAAAAAGUCCAGUAGUUAAUGGACUAGAGAGCCCAUAGAAAUUAAAAGAAAUUGUGAAAUAGACUUCAACAGGAGUGAUCGGCAAGAGGAAGAAAUAUCAAAACAAGAUUGACUUUGAAAAACUUGUUAAAAUGUAGUAAAAUUAGAAAUUCAAGAAGUUAUUUGACAUAUAAAAAAUCAAUCCAGAGGAUAGAGAGCAGUACAUGCGUAACAAUUCGUCUUCUUAUAGCGAUGAUUAUUACCAAAACCAUGAUUAUCCUGAAUAUGAUUCUAAGUAUGACAGCCAAGCUAAUUUUGAAAAGUCAGUUGAGGAGUUAAAUCCAAACUGGUCUUAAAUUAGACUACCAAUAAAGGAUAUGAUCAAUAAGAUCCAAAUAAAACAUUAUCAAUAAAACUUCGGAACUCAUUUAUAAGGAAACAUGAUACCACCAAAUCCCCACAUUAUAGAUUAUGUGCAAAUGACUUAUCAAAAUUAAUUAAAUCACUAGCUUAGCUUUACUCAACCUGCAAAUAGUAACAACAUCAAUAAUAAUAACAAUAACAUCUUAGGAAUGAACGAAUACAAUCCUAUUUCUGAUAUGUAUGGGAGUACAAACUUAUUAGAGGAUAAUUCUAGUUCUCCAAAUAUCAUCAAUUUAUAAAACUAAACUAUUAUCCCGCAUCUAGGGAAUUUCAGUGUUCUAGAUGGGCCACUUAGUACAAUCAGAAUCAAUAAUAUAAUGGGAGGGGUGGAUGAUGACAUGUUCCUUAAUAAUGAGUUUUGA